AUGAUUUUCACCAAAUUGUGUUCAUUGGCCAUUUUUGGCAUUAUUUUAGGCAAUAAAUGCGUGAAUGCAGUAAGCAAUUCAAGCAGUCGUUUGAAAUUUACAAUAGAACCUCAGACACUUACAACUAGCGUAACGCAAACGGCAGAUUUUAAGUUGCUAUUUCAUGGCUGUGACGAAAAUGGACAUAAUAUUACCCUAACUUGGGAUGCCGACGAGCAGAUCAAACUAAGCCCUUCAAUUAUCACAAUAAAUGGAUGCGAAAGCGAAACCUUCUCCAUCAACAUCUCGUCAUCGAAACAGGGACGAUUUAUCAUCCGUCCCAUAAUUAUCACCAGCAAUCUCAGCGUCGUCGAUGAUGCCCGCCUGUUUGUACAGCUCAAAGUCGCCCAAUAUCGCCCGCUGAUAAUCGUAUCGAUGCUCAUCGGAUGGACGUACACCGUCUGCUGGACAAUUGGAGAUUACUUUCAAGCUUGGACUAGCUACCGGCGCAAGAGCGUCGUCGGAUUGAGCUUCGAUUUCCUUUACCUGAACAUCGUCGGCAAUUGCUGUUACGCGACGUUUAAUGUGGUGCUGUUCUGCAGUGCGUUUAUUGAGGACGAGUAUUUCAGACGCCAUCCAUUUGGGCUGAAUCCGGUGGUGCCGAAUGAUGUGGGAUAUGCAGUGCACGCCGUGUUUGGAAACUUGGUCCUGAUUGCCCAGUGCUACAUCUACCAGAAUGGUGGCACCGUUGUCUCGACUGCGGUCAAACUGCUCAUUUCCGGCUACGUACUGAUGGUGAGCGUGUUCUGUGGCUUUGCGAUCGAGGAACAGAUGCACUGGCUUGACUUCCUGUACAUACUAAGCUACGUCAAGCUGUCAACAAACUUGAUCAAAUACAUCCCACAAGUACUUAUGAACUACCGGCGAAAGAGCACGGAAGGCUUCGCUAUCUCCAACCGAUUGCUGGACCUUGCGGGUGGAUUGUUGAGCCUGCUACAGAUGGUACUCAACGGUUGGAAUUAUGAUGACUGGCAAUCAAUUGUUGGAAGUCCGGACGAGUACUACCGACGACAUCCCUUUGGACUGAACCCGGUCAUUGGAAAUGACAUAGGGUUUGCGGUACACGCCGUGUUCGGUACCGGGUUUACCAUAUUCCAGUGUUGGAUAUACGAAACUGGUGGAAACAGUGUAUCCAAACCGGCGAAAGCGAUCAUCGUUACCUACCUGCUCAUCAUCUUUGCGACGAUGUGCUGUGCUAUGUGGAAUGUCAUGCAUUGGUUAGAUUUCUUGUAUGUGCUUAGCUAUAUUAAGCUCUCCACUACCAUGAUCAAAUACUUUCCGCAAGCUUACAUGAAUUAUCGUCGCAAGAGUACGGAAGGGUUUGAGAUCAUGAAUCGAUUACUGGAUCUCGCUGGUGGACUGUUCAGCAUACUGCAGAUGGUUAUAAAUGCUUGGAAUUUCGAUGAUUGGAGAUCCAUUGGAGGCGAUCCGGUUAAAUUUGGUUUGGGGAUCUUCUCUAUCCUAUUCGAUCUGGUGUUCAUGUUCCAGCAUUACAUUCUUUACAGAAAACGAAGCGUUAAAGUCCCGGCAGAGUUGCCAAUGCUUCCAAAAUAACCGCAUUUGAUUUAUGCUGUGAUAUACUCCAAUUACUACACGUUUAGGGUCACAAUAAACAUCCUCGACCGUA